AUGCAAUACAAGUAUUUGAUAUCGAGAACCGUAGAUCCAAUUUUGGCCAUUAGCAUAGGCACUGCUGCCUACUACGUUCACGAGUACCGCCACGGUAGACCACAGGGCCAUACAUUGAACGAGUUGGUGACGAGGUGGUACAAUGAGAGAAACGAUGGAGAGAUGAAAAAUUGA